AUGCGCCUCUCCGCCUUCGCCUUUGCCACUAUCGCCUCGUCUGUCGUCUCGGCGCGCAUCACCCGUCGCGACGAUAUUGACGACUACAACUUCCCGCAGGAGUGCUCGACGCAGUGCUCCAAUGUCGUCCAGUUCCGUGACAACUGCGUUGCCAAGAACAUGGAGAUUGACGAUGACAACAACAACAACGACAACGACAGUGACUCCGAUGACUCCGACUCCGACGACGACAACGCCGAGUGCCACGUCUGCCAGCUCAUGGCGGUUCCGGGCAUGGCCGACUGCAUGACCUGUCUCAACGGCCUGCCGAACAAGUCCGAGGACACGCGCGACGUCCUCGAGGACCUCCAAGAGGCGCAGGGCAAGUGUGCUAACUCGACGACUCUGAACGGUGGCGCGAACCAGACUAGCAGCGGCGCCACUCAGGCCGGCGGCGCCACUCAGGCCGGCAGCGUCACUCUGGCCGGCAGCGCCGCCGCCUCAUCGGUCUCAGGCCCCUCCACUACGCCUGCUAGCGGCUCAUCCGCCCGCGGCCUCAGCGGUGUUGCUGUCGCCGCGGCGGUUCUCGCUGGGGUCUCCCUCUAA